CAUUUCAUUUCCAUAAAAGUAAAAUGAAAAAUAUAUUUUCCUUCAUACUUUCGCCGCGUGGUCUGUACGGAAUCUAAAAUGAUUCUUUACCGAGUAACUUAACUUGAGUCGCAGAAUUGUAAGCUAAUUGAAAAUACGCGACGACCCGUUCGGGACGCAGGCAGCGAAUCUUGAAUCUCCCCACGUCUAUAUAUACAUGAGAAACAUGACUGACCUGUUUUUCUCCUAUCAUUUUUUUUUAUCUGGGUAAUGUUAGAGAAACAUAAUGGAAUUGAGCUUGGAUUUGAGUUCGGUUUUUGUUCCAAAAACCAUAACCGAGUUUCUCAAAGAAGCUUCGAAAAUCAAAGAUGGGUUCCAAAGAUCAUCAAAGAUUAGUGAUUAUGUUAAAAGAUUGGAAGAUGAGAUGAAGAAAAUUGAUGGCUUUAAACGUGAACUUCCUCUUUGCAUGCUUCUCUUGAAAGAUGGGAUUGAGAGAUUGAAGGUGGAAGAAAUGCAGUGUAAAGAAACGGACGACGGAUUGCCAUUGAAGGAAAAUGAUGACGGUGACAAGACAAACUGGUUGAGUUCAGUACAACUGUGGAACUCUGAUUUCAACAUCGUUGAUCAUAACAAGAAACCGAACACAGUUUCAGAGCUGAAACUGAGAAGUGGCAGAGAAGAAGAAGAAGAAGAUAUGUCUGAAAACCCAAUUAAAGUUUGUAACAAUAAAAGCAGGGGAGGGGCUUUUGUUCCAUUUAAGGAUAUUUCAGGAAUUCGUCUUAUGAACCCAAGUUUUGAAUUAGUAUCUUGUAAUGGAAUCUUGAGAAACAAUGGCGGCUGCACAAUUGGUUCCGGUUCUUCCUUAACCGCAGAAAAAACCCAAAUUAAGUUUCAGACAGAAUCACAAGAUCAACAAAAACUGCAGCAGAAUUCGAGGAAACAGAGGCGAUGCUGGUCACCUGAGCUUCAUAGACUAUUUGUUGAUGCCCUUCAGCAGCUUGGAGGUUCUCAAGUGGCAACUCCUAAACAGAUUAAAGAAGUGAUGCAAGUUGAUGAUCUCACCAAUGAUGAAGUGAAAAGCCAUUUGCAGAAAUAUAGACUCCACAUCCGAAAACUUCCGCCUUCUUCAACUCGAAACCAGUGCAGUGAGAACAUGAAAUCACAGUCUGGUUCUCCACAAUGUCCCCUCACCGUGAGUGCUUUGGCUAAAGGAAUGUCGAGUACCGGCGGUGACAGUAUGGACGGCGAAGAGGACGAAAAAUCAGAUGGCCUUAGUUGGAGAAGUGGAGUUCACAAGCCAGGAGAGAUUGAAUGUAUAGUAAGAUAACUUAUUCCCAUCAAUUUUUACAAAAAAAAAAAAAAAAAAAAAAAACAUGGGGAAAAUUGAAGAUAAUUCUAGUGAGUUAGUGAGAAUAAUUUAGUCAACAAGUAGAGCAAUUCGAAAUCGAUAUCCUGUUUUAGGCACUACAGAGGGCGAUUAUUCAAAGAGAUUUUUGCAGAUAUCAUGGACUGGUUUAGUUUAUGCUCUAAUAUGGAAUCAGUUUGUGCUAUUCUAUUGAUGGAUAAUAGGAAGAGAAUGACAAGUUCCUUUAUAGGUUUUUUUUUUGGUUCUGAUUACGGCUAUUUUUACAGUCCAUGUACUUCAUAUAGAUUGAUAAUAUUUGAUUUGUGCAGUACCA